AUGGCUCAAGACAGCAAGAGGCGCAAGCUGUCUAACGGCAGCUAUGAAGCCACUAGUCCCGAAACCACGAAAAAGAACCAAAACAGCGAGGCAGUGGCCAGGGACCAAAGGCGGUCACUCUUCGUUCGCUCUCUGCCGGCCUCAGUGACGACUGAGCGGCUCGCUGAACACUUCUCCGACUCCCUCCCAAUCAAACAUGCUACCGUCGUCGUCGAUCCAGAGACAAAGAUCUCGCGAGGCUUUGGUUUUGUCACGCUAGCAGACGCCGAGGAUGCGCAGGCCGCCGUGGCCCAGUUCAACAAUUCUGAGCUGGACGGGAGGAAGAUAAAGGUCGAAUUAGCCGAAGCAAGACACAGAGAUGGGGACGUCGCAGGCAGGGGUACUGUCAACACAACUGCCCUCAAGCUCAAGGCCGAAAGGGAGAAGAGCAAAGAAGACUCGCAAGCACCCAGGCUUAUUGUGCGAAACCUGCCGUGGAGCAUCAAGACGUCGGACGACCUCGCCGCCCUAUUUCGGAGCUAUGGGAAGGUCAAGCACGCUGUCGUACCCAAAAAGAGCCCAAAGGUCCAGUACGGCUUUGGUAUUGUUUUGCUGCGAGGUAAAAAGAAUGCCGAGAGAGCAAUUGCCGGGGUCAAUGGCAAAGAGAUCGAUGGUCGCACAUUAGCUGUUGACUGGGCCGUGGACAAGGAGACAUGGCAGGAGGUGCAAAAGACCGGCCAGGACAAACCGCAAUCGAAGGACACAGAGCAGCCCACCGGCGAGCGCGGACGUGAAAGUGCUGGGGCUGACGGCCGUGAGAGUGAAGAAAUCGAUUCCGACGAAAUUUUACAUGAGGAUCAGAAUGCUGAGGAUAACACUGACCUAGCACAAACGUCCGAUGAGGACUCGGUCGAUGACUUGGAUGCUCAAGCCGAUGAAGAGGACCUCGGAUCGGAAGCCGAGAGUGCUAUUUCGGACGACGAGCCGUCCCGGAACAGGAACGACACCACCGUGUUUGUGAGAAAUCUACCCUACAGCACCGAUGACGAUGCUCUGAAAGACCACUUCUCUGCCUUCGGACCAGUACGGUAUGCUCGAGUUGUCUAUGACCAGGAUACGGAAAGACCGCGAGGAACGGGCUUUGUCUGUUUCUUCAAUGUCGAGGAUGCCAAAGGCUGUGUCAAGAACGCUCCAAGGCACGGGACUUCAACAGAGCAGGCGGACAAGGAGAAGAAACGCCGUGGCGAAAACCUCAAGCAUUCUAUCUUGGAAAACGAGGCAUCGGAUCCUUCUGGUCAAUAUACGCUCGAAGGUCGUGUUCUCCAGGUCACCCGUGCAUUGAGCAGGGAAGACGCAGAGCGACGAGCCAGCGAAGCGAGCGACAAACGGGACAUUCGCGAUCGGGACAAGCGCCGGCUCUACUUGCUCUCCGAGGGCUCCAUCACGAACGGAUCCAAGCUCUACGAGCAGCUAGGCAAGGCAGAGAUUGACAUCCGAGAGGCCAGUGCUCGCCAGCGUCAAAAGUUGAUCAAGAGCAGUCCCAACCUGUGUUUGAGCUUGACUCGACUGAGUGUCAGGAAUCUGCCCCGAGGCAUCGGCAGCAAGGAGCUGAAGGCCCUAGCCAGAGAAGCUGUGGUUGGGUUCGCCAAGGAUGUCAAGGAGGGCCUGCGGCAACCCCUGAACAAGGAAGAAUUGCGCCGCGGUGGUAGCGAAAUGCAAGAGGCCGAGCGCAAACGCAAGCAGUCCGGAAAAGGCAUCGUCAAACAGGCCAAAGUCGUGUUCGAGGAUAAAGAGGGCGGUAAAGUGAAGGAGGGUGCGGGUCGAAGCAGGGGCUACGGCUUCAUUGAAUAUGUCAGUCACCGGAAUGCCCUUGCUGGGUUGCGUUGGCUCAAUGGACACAUGGUGAAGGCGAAGAAUGGCGGCGAAGAAAGAGGAAAACGACUCAUUGUUGAGUUCGCGAUUGAGAAUGCUCAAGUGAUCCAACGACGCGCCGAAAGAGAGCGCAAGGCACGAGAAGAAGGCGGCAGCAGAACGAGACCGAGCGACAGAUCCCACAACGACGACGGCGGCAAGGGAAGCAAAAAACGGAAACGGGCUGACAAGGCCGACAAAGAGUCACGCCCUCAAGCCGCGGAAGCCUUGGAUCCCGAGGAGAAGAACCGCGUGGCGAAGCGGAACAGGAUCAUUGCGAAGAAGCGCCAGGCUAGAAAGAUGCGCAAGGGCUGA